UUCGGGGCGUACAGGCAUCGAAAGGUCACCUGGAGUUUAUAUGUGUACCAACUCACACCAAUGAACUCACCAAAGAGUACCUUUCAGACUGAACAUCAUGUAUUUAUAAAGGUAAAAGUAACAGGAGAUUCUGAGCAGCGUGUGGUUGAGAAGGAAGACAGUACAUGGAAAGACAAUGCUGUAUAUCCAAGGACUGAACUGGAGAUGGCUGAAGAUCCUGAAAAGUUUAAUGUCCCUCUCAGCUGGACCAUAAAAGAUAAUGUUGUUUUAUGUUCCCGGGAUGUAAAAGACUAUGUUGUGUCACCACAGAGCUCUGAAGAGACAGGCAAAUACAAUUCUCAAAAUACAAAUGCAGAACACCACCUGAAAGAAGAUGGAGAUGCGCAGCAUGCAAAAUUCCUCAACGGGCCUAGCGCGCAGAGCAAAGAAAUAACACAAAUAAUUGAUACAAAAAGAAGAUCUCCAGCGAAUGAAAACUGUAAACGUUUAGCAGAAAUAAUCCAUGUGCCUGGUUUAGGUUACAAAUGUAAUAUAUGUAACAAAAUGUUUAGGAUUCCAUCUCUGGUUGCCUUUCACCAAAAGGCCCACUCAGGAGAGAGGCCGUUUUCUUGUUCAGUUUGUAACAAACGAUUUGCUCGCAAAUCAGAUCUUGUGAGGCAUGAGUGGAUUCAUAAGAGAAGAAGUCUGUUUCAUUGUAGCGUGUGUGGCAAAGGAUUUAAUGCACCCUCACGUCUUCAGUCUCACCAGAAGACUCAUGUGGAAUUCUACAAGACCAAUAUAUUGAAUAAGAAACCAACUAAAUUGCUAAACUCGUACAGCUGUGAAGAAUGUGGGAAGGAGUUCUCCUAUUACUUGUCCUUAAUAAGACAUCGGCAGGUUCACAUCAAAAAUCAGUACAAUAUUGAGUGUGAGAAAGAAAAAGAAAUGUCCUAUGAUUGCAACACAUGUGGACUGACUUUUACACGUCAUAGCUAUCUACUUGAGCACCAACAAAUACAUACAGGAUAUGUACUCCACGUUUGUGAAAGGUGUGGGAAACGCUUUGUCAGUGGUGGAUCACUUGCCCGACACCAGAAAACUCAUACAGAAGAACAAGACUAUGUUGUGUCACCACAGAGCUCUGAAGAGACAGGCAAAUACAAUUCUCAAAAUACAAAUGCAGAACACCACCUAAAAGAAGAUGGAGAUGCGCAGCAUGCAAAAUUCCUCAAUGGGCCUAGCGCGCAGAGCAAAGAAAUAACACAAAUAAUUCAUACAAAAAGAAGAUCUUCAGUGAAUGAAAACUGUAAACGGUUAGAAGAUAUAAUCCAUGUGCCUGGUUUAGGUUACAAAUGUAAUAUAUGUAACAAAAUGUUUAGGUUUCCAUCUUGGGUUGCCAUUCACCAAAAGACCCACUCAGGAGAGAGGCCGUUUUCUUGUUCAGUUUGUAACAAAUGAUUUGCUUGCAAAUCAAAUUUUGUGAGGCAUGAGUGGAUUCAUAAGAGAAGAAGUCUGUUCCAUUGUAGUGUGUGUGGCAAAGGAUUUAAUACACCCUCACGUCUACAGUCUCACCAGAAGACUCAUGUGGAAUUCUACGAGACCAAUAUAUUGAAUAAGAAACCAACUAAAUUGCUAAACCCGUACAGCUGUGAAGAAAUGUCCUAUGAUUGCAACACAUGUGGACUGACUUUUACACGUCAUAGCUACCUACUUGAGCACCAACAAAUACAUACAGGAUAUGUACUCCACAUUUGUGAAAGGUGUGGGAAACGUUUUGUCAGUGGUGGAUCACUUGCCCGACACCAGAAAACUCAUACAGAAGAACAACCUUACUCCGGUGAAAGUGGGGAGAUAUCC